GAAAUAAACUGUACAUCUGUUACACGUGUCAUUAUAAAAUUAGUAAAUGUCAGAUACCCCCAGAAAGUUCAAUCAACAAGCUGACUGUUGAUCCCAUCCCACCUCAACUGGCAUGUUUAAAUACAUUAGAGCAACAUUUAAUAGCGAUGAAUAUACCCUUUAUGAAAAUGUUGGCUCUGCCCAAAGGUGGUCAGAAUGGGAUUCAUGGUCCUGUCACUUGUGUACCUGCAAAUAUAGUGGAAACGUGCAGUUUGUUACCACGUACCAACAUGGAGGGGUCUUUAUUACCUGUAAAGUUAAAGCGUAAAUUGACAUAUAAAGGACACUAUGAUUAUCAGUAUGUUGACACACAGCAUGUUCAGGAAGCUCUUCAGUAUUUAAAACGUCAUAAUUUGCAUUACAAAGAUGUAGAGUUCAAUGAGUCUUGGAUUAACACAUUUACUCAGGAAGAUGAGUCAUCUGUCCUGGAAGAGGAUAGUGGUUCUAGUAAAGAUGAAGAUACUUGCAUAGAUGGAGAAGAUGAGUUAUUGCAUGACAGACAACAACACUGUAUGUUUCAGGACACCUGUCUCAUGCCAGUAGAUAUAGGACAAGAAGCAUUGGACCAGUAUGUAGAUAACAUAUUAAAUGUAGCUCCAGGUGAAGGUAACAAUCCAGUGAAAUUGCUUUCAGAUUUUACAAAUGAAGCAAAAAGUUUUCCCGUCUUGUUUCCUUCAGGAUCGAAUACUUACUAUGAAAGCAGACAAUUUCGUUUGACUCUGAAUCGGUAUUUCAACAACAGGCUUCUUCAUGUCGAUGGUCGAUUUGCUAACAAUGUAGAAUAUAUAUUUUUUGCACAGUACAUGUCUGAACUAGAGCAGGUUGUGUCCAAAGUUUCUAUAGCUUUGCGUAAAGGUAAAAGCGGUGAAUCUCAGAAGUUGGGUAAUUUGAUACAGGAUCAGGAUUCUUUAAAUAAGCUGUUAGAGUUUGAUGAUGGCUACCGGUUUCUUAAACCAAUUCGCGGCACACCUGCUUUUUGGCAAUCUGCUCAGCGAGACCUCCUGGCUUGUGUGAAAAUGUUGGGCAAACCUACUUGGUUCGCAUCAUUUUCUUCGGCAGAUUUGAGGUGGACUAACCUUCUUUAUAGUAUUUUGAAACAGGAAGGCAGAACAGAGACAGUGGAACAGCUGGAGUGGGCUGAUAAAUGUGACCUCCUACGUAGGAAUCCAGUAACUGCUGCCCGAAUGUUUGAUUUUAGAUGGCAUGUCUUCUUAAGGGAAGUGCUAAUGUCUCCUGCCAAUCCCAUUGGUAAAAUAGAAGAUUAUUAUUAUCGUGUUGAGUUCCAGCAGCGUGGUUCUCCUCACUGUCAUUGCCUUUUCUGGGUUUCUGGUGCUCCCAUUUUAGAUAAGAACACAGAUGAGGAGGUCAUUGCAUUUGUUGAUGAAUAUGUGACAUGUGAACUUCCUUCUGAAGACAAUUCACUACAUGAAGUCGUCUCAUCUGUCCAGCAGCACUCCAAACGGCAUUCAAAGACUUGUAGAAAGAAAAAAACUGUUUGUCGUUUUAAUUUUCCACGACCCGCAUCUGUUAGAACUUUUAUUAGCCGUGGCGAAAAGUAUCAAGAUGCAGUGAAGACUUGCAAGUGUGAUAAAACAGAUAGCACUGUACAGUGUGCCUGUGCGUCUCAAGAUAAAGCUCGUAAACAGGAAAUGGACAAAGAAGUAGCAAGUGCCAUUUUAACUAAAGUAAAGACUGCUAUUUCUAGUGAAGACUGUCCAUAUAACAGUGUAGAAGGUCUGUUUCAGGGCCUGGGUAUCAGUCAGGAACUAUUUGAGAUGGCAUAUAAACGAUUUAGUCGAAAUACACAUGUUGUUUUGAAAAGGGAAGUUAAUGAAAUCUGGAUUAAUCAGUAUAGCAAGUUGCUGUUAAAAGCUUGGAAUGCUAAUCUUGAUAUCCAGUAUUGCGUCGAUGCUUAUGCGUGCUGUGUAUACAUAAUAUCUUACAUGUCUAAAAGUGAACGGGAAAUUGGCCUUCUGCUUGCUAAUUCUCAAAGAGAAGCAGCCAAAGAUGGUAAUCUUAGUGCUAAAGAGGCCUUGAAGACUCUUGGUAAUGUUUAUCUUCAUAAUUGAGAUGUUUGUGCGCAG